UCCCAAACGAAGAAACAAAUACGGGCUCUGAUUUUUGUUCCAUUCAAAGAUUCGGUUCCAUCCAAGCUCGAGGCCAAUCAGUGGCCCUGAACCGCCGCUGUAAAAACGCCCUAACCCUAAGCUCUUCCUCACGCACUCAUGGACAACGGCGGCGGGGGAGGAGCCGGGGGCCAGCGAUGGCGGUUCGGGCCCAACGAAGUCCUCGCGAGCUCCGCCAACGUGAGCAUCCGCGGUGUCCUCACCAGGGUCAUGGCCAACAUCCAGGAGGGCGGGCCGAGGCCGGUCAUCCCGCUCGGCCACGGCGAUCCCUCGGUGUUCCCCUGCUUCCGGACCACCCCGGUCGCCGAGGACGCCAUCGUCUCCGCCGUCCGUUCCGCCAAGUACAACUGCUACUGUCCCACUGUCGGCGUACUUCCUGCCAGAUGUGCGAUUGCUGAAUACCUGUCCCGCGAUCUUCCUUACAAGCUGUCUCCAGACGACAUCUUCCUCACCGAGGGUUGCACCCAAGCAAUUGAGGUCAUAAUCUCUGUUCUUGCACGCCCUGGUGCAAACAUCUUGCUCCCAAGACCUGGGUUCCCAUUUUAUGAGUCACGUUGUGCCUUUAGUGGAUUAGAGGUCCGGCAUUUUAACCUUGUCCCACAAAGGAGCUGGGAAGUCGAUCUUGAAUCUGUGGAAGCUCUUGCGGAUGAGAAUACUGUUGCUAUGGUUGUCAUUAACCCUGGUAAUCCUUGUGGUAAUGUGUUUACAUAUCAGCAUUUGGCUAAGGUUGCAGAAACUGCUAGUAAACUUGGUAUAAUGGUUAUCGCCGAUGAGGUUUAUGACCAUUCCGCCUUUGGAAAAAAUCCUUUUGUGCCAAUGGGAGUGUUCGGGGAGAUUGUUCCGGUCCUUACCUUAGGGUCUAUAUCAAAGAGAUGGGUAGUGCCUGGCUGGCGACUUGGCUGGAUUGCAACGAGUGAUCCCAAUGGUGUUCUAAAAGAAACAAAGAUUGUCGACGGUAUUUUGAACUUUCUGAAUAUUUCAUCAGAUCCUGCAACCUUUAUCCAGGGGGCGAUUCCUCAUAUCCUUGAGUUCACAAAGGAUGAUUUCUUUAAUAAGAUCAUUGAUAUAUUAAGGCAAACAGCAGACAUAUGCUACGAGAAAAUAAAGGAGAUUGGGUGCAUUACUUGUCCCCAUAAACCAGAGGGCUCCAUGUUUGUGAUGGUAAAGCUGAAUUUGUCUCAUUUGGAGGACAUCAAUGAUGAUGUUGACCUCUGCAAUAAGCUGGCCAAAGAGGAAUCGGUGAUAAUAGCACCAGGUAGCGCCCUAGGGAUGAAAAAUUGGCUCCGCAUUACUUUUGCCAUAGACCCAUCUUCUCUCGAAGAUGGUCUUGAUAGGCUGAAAUCCUUCUGCCAGAGGCAUGCAAAGCAGAUCAAGUGAAGCAGGGGUGAUUCAGCAGGCUAAUAAGGUGGUGAUCAGCAACUGCUCGUUGGAUCUUUCUCAGUAAAAUUGUUCAGCAGGCUAAUAAAGUGGUGAUCAGCAACUCUGUGUUGGAUCUCUCUCAUUAAAUCAUUCACAAAUAUAAUGUAGUUGUGCAUGUUGCUAUAUGAGACAUUUUAGGUAAUCUAUAUGUACUUUGGAUUUGGUAUGUUCCCAAGUAAAAGAAAUCCCUGCCUUGUGCACUAGGGCAGGCAGUCUUCAUC